AGAAGCCAAAUAUUGAGCCAUAGCAGUUGGGCACUGAAGUUCCUAACUCAAGGAAAUUACAUAGACAGUUGCUUUAGUACUGAAUAUGGACCAUAUGUAUUCUAGGAUAGGUGAAAUGUCAACAAAAGAGCCAAGCAUUAAACUGAAAAUUGAUCCUCAAGAUCUGCAGAUCCAGACAUUUACAGUGGAGAAAUUAUUGGAACCAUUGAUAAUUCAGGUUACCACACUAGUGAACUGUCCACAGAAUCCUUCUGGUAAGAAAAAGGGUCGUUCUAAAAGAGCUCGUGUCUUGCUAGCUUCUGUGGAAGAAGCCACUUGGAAUCUCUUGGACAAGGGGGAAAAAAUUGCCAAGGAAGCAAUUGUGCUUAAAGAGGAACUUCAUACAGCACUUGCUGAUGUCCAGAAAGAGAGUCAAGCCUUAAAGGUAUCAGCAGAGGCCUUUACAAGUGAUCCCUGCUAUCUGCCUAAGAGGCAGGCUGUUGUCCAGGCAGCACGGUCUCUACUUGCAGCUGUGACAAGGCUUCUUGUUCUGGCAGACAUGGUUGAUGUGGCAUACUUACUGGAAUAUCUAAGUGUGUUUCAAAGAACAUUUGAAUCUUUAAGAAAUGUAUCCAGUAAAUCUGAUCUGCAGAAAACCUACCAGAAGUUUCAAAAAGAUCUGGAAAAUCUUGAUUAUUUGGCAUACAAACGUCAGCAGGAUUUGAAAUCGGGUAAUCAUCGAGAUGAAAUUGCUGCAGCACGUGCAUCCCUGAAGGAAAAUUCAUCUCUCCUACAUUCAAUAUGUUCAGCUUGUUUGGAACAUUCAGAUGUUGCAUCCCUUACAGCCAGCAAGGAUUCAAUUUGCAAUGAAAUACAGAAUGCUCUCAAUGUAAUUUCUAAUGCUUCCCAAGGAGUUGAAAAUAAAAUGGGACAACCUACAUCUCAUACAGCUACUCUUGGAAGCGCACUUGAUGAGCUUGAGAAUUUAAUUAUCCUGGAUCCUCUUGUAGUGAAUGAAGAGAAAAUAAGGCCCUCACUAGAGAAGCGUCUGGAGGCUAUUAUCAGUGGAGCAGCUUUGCUAGCUGAUUCGUCCUGCACGCGGGAUUUCCAUCGCGAACGCAUCAUUGCUGAGUGCAAUGCUAUCCGCCAAGCUCUCCAGGACCUGCUUUCUGAGUACAUAAACAAUACUGACAAGAAAGAGAGAAGUAAUGCCCUCAAUGUUGCAAUAGAGAGUAUGUGCAAGAAGACAAGAGAUCUCCGCAGGCAGCUCCGUAAAGCCAUUAUAGAUCACAUCUCAGACUCCUUCUUAGAUACCACUGUUCCACUUUUAGUCCUCAUUGAAGCUGCUAAAAAUGGAAGAGAUAAAGAAAUAAAGGAAUAUGCUGCUAUAUUUCGAGAGCAUACCAGCAGGCUCGUGGAGGUUGCUCAUCUUGCUUGUUCGAUGUCAACAAAUGAAGAUGGAGUGAAAAUUGUUCAAAUGGCAACUAACCACAUAGAGACUUUGUGCCCACAGGUUAUUAAUGCUGCUUUAGCUCUUGCUGCCAGACCAAAAAGUCAAGCUGUGAGAGCCAACAUGGAGAUGUAUAAAAGUACGUGGGAGAAUCACAUCCAUGUUCUGACUGAAGCUGUGGAUGAUAUAACAAGCAUUGAUGAUUUUCUUGCUGUAUCAGAAAGCCAUAUUCUUGAGGAUGUAAACAAGUGCAUCAUUGCCCUGAGAGAGCAAAGUGCGGAUGAUUUAGAUCGUGCAGCAGGCGCAAUCCGAGGCCGUGCUUCCAGAGUGGCUCAUAUUGUUUCGGGUGAGAUGGACAAUUAUGAGCCAGGGGCUUAUACUGAAGGAGUGAUGAAGAAUGUCCAGUAUUUGACCAAGAAUGUGAUCCCAGAGUUUAUUAGUCAAGUCAAUAUUGCAUUGGAGAGCUUGAGCAAGAACACUGUCCAUCUAUUUGAUGAUAACCAGUUCGUGGACAUUUCUAAGAAGGUCUAUGAUACAAUUCAUAAUAUUAGAUGCUCAGUCAUGAUGAUUCGGACACCUGAGGAGCUGGAAGAUAUAUCUGACCUUGAAGAAGACCACGAUGCACGUAGCCGCACAAGUAUUCAGACUGAAGGGAAAACUGACAGGGCUAAGAUGACUCAACUGCCAGAGGCUGAAAAGGAAAAGAUAGCUGAGCAAGUGGCUGACUUCAAAAAAGUCAAGAGUAAGCUUGAUGCAGAGAUCGAAAUAUGGGACGAUACCAGCAAUGACAUCAUAGUUUUGGCCAAAAGAAUGUGUGUGAUUAUGAUGGAGAUGACUGACUUCACAAGGGGUAGAGGACCUCUGAAGAACACAUCUGAUGUAAUUAAUGCAGCAAAAAUGAUUUCAGAGUCAGGAUCAAGGAUGGAUGUCCUAGCACGGCUGAUUGCCAAUCAGUGCCCAGACCAAUCGUGCAAGCAGGAUUUGUUGGCUUACCUAGAACAGAUCAAGCUGUACUCCCAUCAGCUCAAAAUCUGCAGUCAAGUUAAAGCAGAAAUCCAGAAUCUAGGUGGAGAGCUCAUCAUGUCUGCUCUGGAUAGUGUCACCUCCCUAAUUCAGGCGGCCAAAAAUUUAAUGAAUGCUGUGGUGCAAACAGUGAAGAUGUCUUAUAUUGCAUCCACAAAGAUUAUCAGGAUUCAGAGUCCUAGUGGCCCACGACACCCUGUUGUGAUGUGGAGAAUGAAAGCUCCAGAGAAGAAGCCCCUCAUUAAAAGAGAGAAGCCAGAAGAAAUCUAUGCAGCUGUCAGAAAGGGUUCUGCAAAGAAGAGGAUCCAUCCUGUUCAAGUAAUGAGUGAAUUUAGAGGCAGAGAAGUAGUUUAAUAUUCUGAUACUUCCUGUGUUCAUAUCUUGAAUUUCUGAU